AUGGCUCACAACAGCGACGAAACCGCAGACAACAAACUUCCUCAAUUGUUUCCCGAUCUUGUGUACGCCAAACUUACACCGGCACCACAGCACCCUCACUUCAACUACCAAGGCUUCCAUCCGGGUAAGGCGAUCUUAACAAAAGGCCAUGUUCGAUCGCCGGGACGCCGUGCCUUUCCAGCAGACGUUGUCUUCGAUCGUGAUGUCUGCAUACGGUGCAGAGACGGCAUUCGGCUCUAUGCAGACGUCUACCGUCCGCUGGACUCGGAUGGAGUGCCCGUGCCAGUAGUGAUACCCUGGAGUCCAUAUGGAAAGACGGGAACAGGUCCGCAGCAAUACGAUGUAAUGGCACCAUAUCGAGCCGGCAUUCCCGAAGACAGGACGUCAGGGUACGAGAAGUUCGAGGCCCCAGAUCCAGCGGAGUGGUGCGGUGAGCGUAAUAUCGCCAUGUGGGGUCUGCAGGAGGCGGAGGACGUAUAUGAUGUGAUCGAGUGGUGCUCGCGUCAGCCCUGGUGUAACGGAUGCGUGGCCAUGGCUGGCAAUUCAUGGUUGAGCAUGGCUCAACUGAACUUUGCUUCCCGUCUGUCUCAUCCCGCGCUGAAGGCGAUAGCGCCGUGGGAGGGCCAAACGGACGUAUAUCGCCAGUUCGUUGCGCGUGGCGGCCGACCGCAUAAUCCAAAGUUCCAUGACAUGAUCAAAGGCGGCUUUGCUGGUCCAGGGUAUGCAGAGCUCAUUUACGACAUGAUCCACAAGCGGCCGUUGUAUGACGAGUAUUGGGAGGCGAAGCGGUUCCCAAUAGAGAGCAUCGACAAUAUACCGAUGUACCUCCUGGCUUCGUAUUCGACUAUGCUGCAUACGCAAGGCUCCUUCUCGACGUUUCGGGAUGCGAAGACAAAGCUGAAAUGGCUACGUGUCCAUCCAUACCAAGAGUGGUAUGACAUAUACCGGAAGGAGAGUAAUGAUGACCUGCAGCGUUUCUUCGACCGAUACUGUAAGGGUGUGCAGAACGGCUGGGAGGAGACGCCGCCGGUGAGACUCUCGUUGCUCGGCUUUGAGGCAGAUGGGAGCCCUGCGGAGACGGUGUUAGAGCGGCCUGAAGCUGCGUAUCCGCCGACAAGAGGCCAGGAUGUGGAGCUGUACCUGGACUCGAAGAGUAUGGUGUUGACGACGCAGCCUGCUCCAGAUCCAUCGUCUGUGAGUUAUGAAGGUCAUAGGCUGACGUCCUCGGCGGACUUCACAUGGCAUUUUGAGCAAGCAAUUGAGCUUUGCGGCUGGUCGAAGCUGCGACUGUUCGUUUCUUGUCCGGACCACGAUGACAUGGAUAUUGCUUGCCAAAUUCGCAAGAUCGACAAGCACGGUCGGCCGUUACAACAUAUGAACUAUCCAGUACCUGUUCCAGUCAAUCAAGUCCCCGACUUCAACACAGCGAAGACGCUAGGACCGCAAGGGUUCCUCCGAGCGUCUCACGCCAUAUCGCUGGACAGGUCGAAGUCGCAUGGCAACGACCUGUUCUACACCCACCGUACUAGAAAGCCGAUCCCAAAAGGUGAGGUUAUUGAGCUUGAGAUUUCGAUGUGGCCUAUCGGGAUGGUCUUCGCGCCUGGUGAAGGCAUCCUGCUACGGAUCAGUGGGCACGACAUGUGCCUGCCUGAAACGGGCCUAUGUGUCGUGACUGAGCCUGAGGAUGCCAACGUCGGUACACAUGUUGUGCAUACUGGAGGCAAAUACAUGAGUAGCCUGUGCAUCCCAAUAUUGCCGCCAGAGUAG